AUGCUGGCCAGCGACGGAGACACCAGCCCGUCCCACGAAGCCUGGUCGGACGCGCUGCAGUGGCAGGCGGUGCUCAUCUCGAGGGUGGCCAUGGCCGACGGCCAUCUCGAGGACCUCGCCGCCUCGUUGUGGCCGCAGCACCGCGCCCAGGAGACCGUGCUGCGCGUCGGUGGCGUCGAGGUGAUCCUGAGCUGCUGUCAGGUCGACGAGCGGUCCCCAAUGGCCCGGGAGUGGGCACUGUGGGGGGUGCGCAACCUGUGCGAGGCCAGCGACGGCGUCAAGGCCCGCAUCGCCGCCCUGAGGCCGACGGCGCCCGUACAGACGGAAGAUCUGGACCGCAUGGGCAUGGAGGUCGAAGUCGACCGGGCCACCGGGCAGCUGCGGGUGUCACGCAAAGCGCCUGCAGGUGGCGACGUGGUGGCCCGCGAGGGCGACGAGGGGGGGCGUGCGCAGGACGACCGCUUGAAGCAGCUCGAGGACGACUUUAUGAGCUGA